AUGGGGCAGGGCGCCUGGCUCAAUCGUCAUUCUUCUUCUAACACUGUGGAACGGCUCUUCUUUCAAAUAUCUCCUUACUUUGCUUCCAUAGUACUCUGCUGGGGGUCCUUUCACCUCCGGGAGGCUGCGGUGGUUUUCUCACCCGGCACCGGAGGAUAUGCUGUACCCACAUCGCCAGGAGGCACAGGAGCUUUCUACUCAUGGUCACAGAUGGCCAUUGCGAUUCCGAAUGUCACAUCCUUGCUCAGCAGUCGCCAGAAGCAGAUCUGCUUUAACUUUGGAGAUGGACUCCAUUUAGAGGCCUUACACUCAAGAAAUGAAAAUAAGCUGCUUCCUAAACAUACUCACUCAGUGAGGCAAAAGCGCGCUUGGAUUACUGUCCCUGUGGCACUUCGGGAAGGAGAGGAUCUGUCCAGGAAGAAUCCAAUUGCCAAGAUAAAUUCUGAUCUUGCAGAAGAAAAAAACCUAAAAAUUACAUACAAAUACACUGGAAAAGGGAUCACAGAGCCACCUUUUGGUGUGUUUGUCUUUAAUAAAGACACCGGAGAACUGAACGUUACCACCAUUCUAGAUCGAGAAGAAACACCAUUUUUUCUGCUAACUGGUUAUGCUUUGGAUGAGAAAGGAAACAACUUAGAGAAAACAAUAGAACUCCGAAUUAAAGUUCUUGACAUCAAUGACAAUGAGCCAGUGUUCACACAGGAUGUCUUUGUUGGGUCUGUUGAAGAGCUGAGUGCAGCAAAUACACUUGUGAUGAAAAUCACCGCAACAGAUGCAGAUGAGCCCAACACUCUGAAUUCUAAAAUUUCUUAUAGAAUUGUAUCUCAGGAGCCUGCUAAUUCUCCAUUGUUUUACCUAAAUAAAGAUACAGGAGAGGUUUAUACAACCAGUAUUACCUUGGACAGAGAGGAACACAGCACUUAUACUUUGACGGUAGAAGCAAGAGAUGGCAAUGGACAAGUAACAGAUAAGCCAGUAAAACAAGCUCAAGUUCAGAUUCGUAUUUUGGACGUCAAUGACAAUAUACCUGUAGUCGAAAAUAAAGUGUAUGAAGGAACAGUUGAAGAAAACAAAGCCAACGUAGAAGUUUUACGCAUAAAAGUGUUCGAUGCAGAUGAAGUAGGCUCUGACAACUGGUUAGCCAAUUUUACUUUUGCAUCAGGAAAUGAAGGGGGUUAUUUCCACAUAGAAACUGAUACUCAAACUAAUGAAGGAAUCGUGACCCUUGUUAAGGAAGUAGAUUAUGAAGAAAUGAAGAAUCUUGACUUCAACAUUAUUGUCACUAACAAAGCAGCUUUUCACAAAUCAGUUAAGAAUAAAUAUAAGCCUACAUCCAUUCCGAUCAAAGUCAAAGUGAAAAAUGUGAAAGAAGGCAUUUAUUUUAAAAGCAGCGUAAUCCAAUUUCACACUAGCGAGAGUGUGGAAAAAUUAAGCCAAAGCCAAAUAAUGGGAAAAUUUCAAGCUUUUGAUGGCGACACUGGACAAGUAGCCCAUGUAAAAUAUGCCAAAUUUGAAGAUAUAGACAAUUGGAUCUCUGUGAAUUCUGCCACCUCUGAAAUUAAACUUGUAAAAAUUCCUGAUUAUGAAUCCAGAUAUGUCCAAAAUGGUACCUACACUGCAAAGAUUUUGGCUAUUACAGAAGAAUAUCCUGGAAAAACCAUCACUGGCACUAUUAGUAUCACGGUUGAAGACAUCAAUGACAAUUGUCCCACACUGGUCGACCCUGUGCAGACUGUCUGUGAUGAUGUGCAAUACGUGAACGUGACCGCAGAGGACCUGGACGGACCCCAAAACAGCUGGCCUUUCAGCUUCUCUGUCAUUGACAAACCAGCUGGAAUGGCAGAAGGGUGGAAAAUAGUAAGCCGAGAAAGUACCAGCGUGCUACUGCAACAAAAGGAACGAACGCUCGGGAGGAGUGACAUUCACUUGCUGAUUGCAGAUAGUAAAGGCUUCAGUUGCCCUGAAGAGCAAGUCCUUAAACUCACAGUCUGCAAGUGUGUGGAAGGCGGUGGCUGUGUAGGAAUGAGGUAUGACUCCUACGUUGGCCUCGGACCUGCAGCAAUCGCGCUUAUAAUAUUUGCUCUUCUGCUCUUGCUACUUGUACCACUCCUACUACUGAAGUGCCAUUAUGGGAAGGGCGCCAAAGGCUUUACCCCCAUCCCUGGUACCAUAGAGAUGCUGCAUCCUUGGAACAACGAAGGGGCACCACCUGAAGACAAGGCAGUGCUGCCUCUUCUAAAGGCAGACCACAGAGACAGUGCAGCUGUAGGCGGCGGAGCAGGGGCUGUGACAACCGAGGGUGCCACCGUGAAAGGAAGCAGCUCCGCUUCCUUUAUCAAAGGGCAGCAUGAGAUGUCCGAGGUGGACGGCCGAUGGGAGGAAUACAGGAGCCUCGUCUCAGGGGGGGCCACCCAGGUUACAGGGACAACAGGAGCCUUGAUGACCACGGAAACCCUUAGGACCACGAGAGCCACGGUGGCUUCUAGAGAUGUGGCCGGAGCUCGAGCAGCUGCGGUGGCAGUGAAUGAGGAAUUCUUAAGAAGUUAUUUCACUGAAAAAGCUGCCUCUUAUACCGAGGAAGAUGACAGUCACACAGCCAAAGAUUGCCUUCUGGUUUACUCUCAGGAAGAAACUGACUCUCUCCAGGGUUCCAUUGGCUGUUGCAGUUUUAUUGAAGGAGAGCUAGAUGACGGCUUCUUAGAUGACUUAGGAUUGAAAUUCAAGACACUCGCUGAAGUUUGCUGGGGUCAAAAAAUAGAGAUGGAUACGGAAACCGAGCAGGGGCCAAAACCUAUGAGAGAAACAGACGUGAAGGCGGCUUCACAUUCAUUCUAUGAGCAAACCAGGGUUAAUUCCGAGAAUACUUAUCCCUCCGGUAGCAGCUUUCAAGUUCCAAAACGUUUGCAUGAAGCAAACACAGAGAAAGUCACUCAGGAAAUAGUCACUGAAAAAUCUGUGUCUUCUAGGCAGGCUCAAAAGAUAGCUGCACCACUUUCAGAUCCAUUGGCUUCUGGUAACGUGAUAGUGACAGAAACUUCCCAUGCCAUGGGCUCCACAGUGCCACUGAGCACUGUGGUCCUGGACCCCAGACAGUCCGAAGGCCUGAUAGUGACGGAGCGGGUCUAUGCCCCAGCGUUCCCCUUGGGAGAGCAGCAGUACGCUAGCGAGGGUAGCAUCAUGGUUACCAAGAGAGUCAUCCAGCCUCACAGGGGCUCACCUGGCCCCCUGGAGGGCACCCCGCAUCUGCCCGAUGCACACUAUGUUACGGUGCGGGAAAGAGAGCGCUUCCUCACCCCCAGCUCCCGUGUGCAGCCCCCUCUGGCCGCGCCCAGUGUAGCCGUAGGACAGAAUGUGACAGUGAUGAAAAGAGUGCUAACACCAGCUACCACUCUGCAAUCUAAUUACCAGAUUCCUGCCGAAACCUCUAUAAUGGCCAAAAAGAAUGUGGUUUCUGGAGCUGGAGUCCCGGGCCCUCCGCCAGACUCAGGCUUCAAGGAGUCUAGUCAUUCUAAUUAUACAAUAACCACAUCUUCCACCAGGGUCUCCAAGCCUAGCACAGUCCAGCAGUCCUCCUAA